AUGAUUUUAGACAUCAAAAUUUUUUUUAUUUUUACAACAACUACUGCUAUAGCUGUUAGUGGUCUGUAUGUUAAAAAUGUGCCACAAUUAAACGCCGAUAUACCACAAGAGGUAAGGAAAUAUUUUAGCCGGAAUACUGGACAGCCAACAUGGUUUACCUGUCCGGUUGGUUGUUAUUGUACAGGAGAUUUAAGUCAGAACAGCAGCUACGAAUUAGCUGUACGCUGUUAUGGUGGUAAUCUUAGUCACAGUGUAUUUGCAAAAAUUAUUAAAGAUUCACCACAAAAUAUUACUAUGCUAAGUGUUGAAGCGCCAUCAAAUGAACCCAAUCAUUUUUUAUGGGAUGAUAAUUUGAAUCGUUUCAAAAAUCUACGUAUUCUGCGACUAAUCAGUUGUGGUAUUCCGGCGCUUAGCUAUUCCAUUAGUCUAAAGGAACUUGAAGUCCUUGAUUUACGAUCGAACAAUAUUGAAGAAAUUUCGAUUGAUAUGUUUACGGAUUUACCGAAACUAAAAACUCUUGAUUUGUCCAGCAAUCGUUUGCGUGUAUUACCAACUGGUGUAUUUGCUUUCCUACAUCGUAUGGAACGAUUAUCCUUAGCCUACAAUAAUAUUACUGAAUUACCAAUAAAUUUACUGCAUCAACAUCGUCGACUAAAAGUGCUUCACCUUGAUGGCAAUAAAAUUUCACUGAAAAAUUUAAACAGUUUCUUUCGUGACACGCAACAGCUGGAGCGUCUGGAAUUAAACCAUUGCGGUCUACAACAGUACUGGGAACUCAAGCUUGAAUAUUUAACAAAUCUGCAACGUCUUGGUCUUGCCGGUAAUCAACUGGGCGAAAUUCCAACAAUGUUGUUCCGUGGUCAUCAUCGUUUGCAAGCGAUUGAUCUCAGUGACAAUGAUAUUCGGCAAAUACCGAUUGACCCUCUAUGGCAUAGCAAUAUUACGCAAUUGGUGUUGGCCUGCAAUCGCUUGGGUAAUUUAGAACAGUUAAAAAAUGUGGAAACUUAUGGUCCAUUGGAACACUUGGAUAUUUCUUACAAUAAUUUUGAAACUUUCAAGUCUGAAAUGUUGGGUGCAGCACAGAAAACCGUUGAAGUGCUAAAUUUAAGCGGUAAUCGGUUACGUUAUGUGGACAGCCGUUUAACUGAUAAUUUGACAGCAUUAAAAGUGUUACAUUUAGCCGACAAUCAGUUGGUGGAAUUGCCAUCUGAUCUACCGGCUAUAUAUUCGGCGCUAAGAUUGUUGAACAUUUCACAAAAUGCACUCUAUUCAUUACCCUACGGAUCUGCACGCAUUUUCCAAUCCUUGAAAAUUUUGGAUAUUUCUCGUAAUCGUUUCUAUACGUUACAAGCAUCACUGAUGGAAGAUUUUCUGAAUUCUCUUGAUAAGGUAAGCUAA